GAAGUGCGACUGUUGUUUAUCCGGCAGCCUCCUCGUCUUUGGCGUAUAACGAUGGCCCACGCUGCAGGAAAACAAGGACCUAAAAUUGUCUCCAAGUCAUCUGCGGGAGGCACCGGGGCGGCGGGGGCUGGUGGUGGGCCCCCGAUAAUGCCCCUCGCCUCUCCGCUCAUGGGGAAAAAGAAGAAGCCGUUUCUGGGGAUGCCCGCUCCGCUGGGCUACGUCCCCGGUCUGGGUAGAGGUGCAACUGGUUUCACCACCCGAUCUGAUAUCGGUCCUGCUCGUGAUGCCAACGAUCCAGUGGAUGACCGACAUGCACCUCCAGGGAAGAGGACAGUUGGGGACCAAAUGAAAAAGAACCAGGAUGAUGAUGAUGAAGAUCUGAACGACACAAACUAUGAUGAGUUUAAUGGAUAUGCAGGUAGCUUGUUCUCCAGUGGUCCCUAUGAGAAGGAUGAUGAAGAAGCAGAUGCCAUAUAUGCAGCACUGGACAAGAGGAUGGACGAAAGACGCAAAGAAAGAAGGGAGCUGAGAGAGAAGGAAGAAAUCGAGAAAUACCGUAUGGAGCGACCCAAAAUCCAGCAGCAGUUUUCAGAUCUAAAGAGGAAAUUGUCAGAGGUGUCAGAAGAGGAGUGGCUGAGCAUCCCUGAAGUGGGAGAUGCCAGGAAUAAGCGCCAGAGAAAUCCCCGCUAUGAGAAACUCACCCCUGUCCCCGACAGCUUCUUCUCCAAACACCUGCAGACUGGAGAGAACCACACCACUGUUGACCCUCUGCAAGGGCUGGGAGGUCUGAACACACCUUACCCAGGAAGUAUGACACCAGGGACAGGAGAGCUGGACAUGAGGAAAAUCGGUCAGGCCAGGAAUACACUUAUGGAUAUGAGACUCAGCCAGGUGUCUGACUCGGUGAGCGGGCAGACAGUGGUGGAUCCUAAGGGUUACCUAACAGAUCUCAACUCCAUGAUCCCCACACAUGGAGGAGACAUCAGUGACAUCAAGAAGGCUCGUCUACUACUGAAAUCUGUGAGGGAGACCAAUCCCCAUCACCCGCCUGCCUGGAUUGCCUCUGCCAGGCUGGAGGAGGUGACUGGAAAACUGCAGGUGGCCAGGAACCUGAUCAUGAAAGGCACAGAGAUGUGUCCUAAGAGUGAGGAUGUGUGGCUGGAGGCAGCCAGGCUCCAGCCCGGAGACACAGCCAAAGCCGUGGUAGCCCAAGCUGUCCGCCACCUGCCUGGCUCCGUCCGCAUCUACAUCAGAGCUGCAGAGCUAGAGACAGACAUCAGGGCCAAGAAACGAGUCCUCAGGAAGGCCCUGGAGAAUGUGUCAAAGUCAGUUCGACUGUGGAAGACAGCUGUUGAGCUGGAGGAGCCAGAGGAUGCCAGGAUCAUGCUUAGCAGAGCUGUGGAGUGUUGCCCUACAAGUGUGGAGCUGUGGUUGGCACUAGCCCGGUUAGAGACGUACGAGAACGCACGUCGUGUCCUGAACAAAGCUCGAGAGAACAUCCCUACUGAUCGCCACAUCUGGAUCACUGCUGCUAAGUUGGAGGAGGCCAACAGCAACACUCAGAUGGUGGACAAGAUCAUUGACAGAGCCAUCACUUCUCUGCGUGCUAACGGCGUGGAGAUCAACAGAGAGCAGUGGAUACAGGUGUGUUCCUGCGGCUUUGUGGUUAUUGUAUUUAUGAAGUCAGUCAAGUUGGAGUGGGUGUUGGGGAACAUAGAAGCUGCCCAGGAGUUGUGCACCGAGGCCCUGAAACACUACGAGGACUUCCCCAAACUUUGGAUGAUGAGAGGCCAGAUAGAAGAGCAGUGUGAAAACAUGGAUAAGGCCAGAGAGGCGUACAACCAAGGGUUGAAAAAGUGUCCCCACUCGGGCGGCCUGUGGUUGCUGCUGUCUCGUCUUGAAGAGAGAGUGGGACAGCUGACCAGAGCCAGAGCAAUCCUGGAAAAAGCCCGACUCAAGAAUCCCCAGGGCCCCGACCUGUGGUUGGAGUCGGUCAGACUGGAGUUCCGGGCUGGACUGAAGAACAUUGCCAACACACUGAUGGCCAAAGCCCUGCAGGAAUGCCCCAAUUCAGGUAUCCUGUGGGCUGAGGCAGUGUUUUUGGAGGCAAGGCCCCAGAGGAAGACUAAGAGUGUGGAUGCUUUGAAGAAGUGUGAACAUGAUCCCCAUGUCUUGCUCGCUGUAGCCAAGUUGUUCUGGAGUGAGCGUAAGAUCACCAAAGCCAGAGAGUGGUUUCUGAGGACCGUAAAGAUCGAGCCAGACCUGGGAGAUGCUUGGGCUCUCUUCUACAAGUUUGAGCUGCAGCAUGGCACCGAGGAACAGCAGGAAGAGGUGCGAAAGCGCUGUGAGAAUGCGGAGCCCCGCCAUGGAGAGCUGUGGUGUGCCGAGUCCAAACACGUCCUGAACUGGCAGAAGAAGACAGGAGAGAUCUUAGCAGAGGUAGCCAGCAAGAUCAAGAACACAUUCUGAGAAUGGGGAAAAUUUGGACUGAAAACACCUGGAGGACUCUGGCAUUCACCAGUCGAGCAGGAAACAGCUAUGGACAUGCUCAACUAUUGUUCUCAACCAGGACUUGCCCAUCUGUGGCAGAUACAAAGUAUUCAAACAUACCUCCCUUACCUUUUUCAAGUUUAUUGUUUUACCAAAUGGAAUCACAGUUUCUAUACUUACCGACAGAGAAUGAUCAUUUAAUGUCAAAGUAAAAUCUAAUUACCAAUUUAAAACUCAAAAUCACUGAUUACCGUCUUCAAGUGAAUAAGUAGUAGCAACAGUAGUAGGUUUUUGUGGCUAGGUCUGUGGUCUUUCAGGUAGCACAGGGAGUGUCAUUGAACUGUAGUUUUCAAGUCUUCAGAUGGAUUCAGUUCAGGACUUUGAAUCGGCCACUCCAGGCCAUAAUAUUAUUGUCUUUAAGCCCCUCCUGCGUAGCUUUGGUUUUACGUUUUGGCAUUUGCUGGAAAGUAAACCUUCUCCAAGUCUGCUUGCAGACUGCUGCAGGUUCUCUCAUUUUACCCAGAGCCUGCAGCAGAGAAGAAUCCCCACAGUGUGAGGUUGCCUCCAUCGGUUAAUGGUAGAGAUGGUAUGUUUCUGGUGUAGUAUGAUGAUGCAAAGGUUUAAUUUUGGUCUCAUUAGACCAUAGAACCUUCUUCCACUUAGUUUGAGUCUCCCACAUGCCUUCUGGAAAUCACUAGCUCAGAUGUUACACGAGCAGUUUGCUUCUCCUUGCAACACUGGGCUGCACCUGGCAAAUUACCCAGGCAACAGUUGUUUAAAUAGUUCAAAGAAUAAUUAAAGGGAAACACACCUACUCUACUGAGGUGCUGGCUUAAUUCAUAUUUUUUUGUAAAUCAACCUUUAGCACAAUUUCUAAAGGCAAAAUGUUGAUUUACAGCUUCAUGAAUUAAAGGAUUGUGUCAGAGCUAUGAGUCUUUUCAGCUUCUGGUGUAUAUGCACAGAUAUGUAUCUCAACCACCUUCAGAAUUAUGCUAUGCAUAUUGAGCAUCUUCAUGUACAGUAACUUUUGUUAUUUGUUAUAACAAAAGUUAUACCUAGCCAUGGCCACCCAUGUGAAAUACACUUACUAGUCUCUAUUGUUUUGCCAUGCUGUUGGUCCGUGUGGCCGUCGGUUCAGGUCUGCAUAAGCUGCGUGUGCCAGUUCUGUGUGCUGAAUUGAAAUGGUGUGAAAACCAUGCCCCAGCAGCACUGUACUGGCCAGUUUUGGGAUAGGACACACCGGUGAUCUCCGUGCAACAUAUAAUGUGAGUUGCACCAGUAAUGAUGUAGGCGUGUUAUAGUAAAGGGGGUUAAAAGUUAGAGGUAAUCAGUUAUUUUCUUUUAUAUUUCUACUAAAUUAGGAUAAAUAUGUUGAUUUGAUUUCCCUUUGACAUUAGUCGUUUUUUCUGCUGACUACUGUUGAAAUUCAAAUUUCAGUCGUUGUGAAAAUUGUAAAACAAACAUGAACUUAAAUGGGUAUUGUGAGAGAGAAAUAUGCAAAACACACUCAUGUUGAUUCCACCUUUACAGUAUGUCUGGACUGAACUCUUUAGGUAUUGGGUGUUAUUGUCAAAACAAUGUUUGUUAAAAAAAAUUUUAAAUCUUAUUUUUGAGGAAUUUGAUUUCAUGUCUGGAUUUGACUGUCUCUUAAGUAAUUGUAUAUAAACUUGUCAGGGAUUAUUACAUGCUUUCUCAUGUUCUAGUAGUGAUAUGCUUUUUUUACUUAGCAUGCUUGAAAUGUGUUUAAAUACUUUGCAGGCAUCCAAUAAACAAAAUAACAGUUCAUUGCAAAAUGUCCUGAUUUUCCUAAACAA